AUGACACGACCCACUUUUGACCCAGCGGACUCGGACCUUUUUGAGCGGCAGGAGGCAGCGCUCUCCAUUUGGACGGAGAAGCUCAAGGGGAAACAGCGGCUCUUCGCGGAGCGAGAGCACAUCUUCGAGGGAACUCGCCUGGCUCUGGGCGGGCCUCGGAGACGCCGCGUUCCCCCACCUGCUGCCUCACCUGCACCGGAGCAUUCGCCGCGGAGAGUGGACGUUUCACGCCGCGCUGCGGCCGUUCCCUCUCUCGCGGGUCCGCGCCUCGCUCACACGCCAUCCGCCUCAUUCACCGGAGCUUCCACUUCGCCACGGCACAGCGGCUACGCCUCCCACCUCGGCUCAACAGAGGUUACCGCGCCAGAGGCUCAUCUGUUUACCCCGCCCGCUUCCUCUUCCCAGAGAAAGCGGCGUUCACGCCGCCAUAAAACGGACUAUCCCCAGCAGCUCCCGGUGGUGAGUCCCAGUGACUGUUUGCCUCUUUCCUCAUUUGAUUCGUCACAUAACAUAAAUAAUGGACUCAUCUCCGAUCCAUGGGGGACUUCCCUCUUAGACGAUGAUGUGGACUGGGAAGACUUUUUCUGCUCUGCUUCCCCAAAGACAGCUCAGUUAAAGACUGUAAAUAGCGAUGGCAGAAAGACCAGACCAAAACCCGUUAGACCUGUCAGUGUCACUCACCCAGUUGUUAUUUCCACUCCUAUCAGCCAGCCUACACCCACACCUGUGCCAGCUCCCAGGAGGAGGGCAGCUGCGACCCAGUCUACCUCCGCACCCGCUCCUGUUUCUCGGGUGGGGGUGACUGGUGUCCAGCCACCUCCCGUGCCUGUCCCAGCGCCUAGGCUGAAGGCAGCUAGAACCCAGCCUGACCUCCCUAGAGUCUCGGAAGAGCUAGCCUCUCCAUCUGCUACUUCACCUCCUCAUCCACCUCCUGCUCCAGCCUUUCACGCCCUCGCAUUAUCACUGGUUAAGCUAGCUGAGGUUUCUCCUGCUCAGGCACCAGCCUUACUAGCCCAGGCUAUAGCUUUAUCUCCCUCACUAGCACAGUCUAUAGCUCAACCACCAGCCACACCAACCACAGCUCCGUCGUCAGCCUCACCCACCUCUAUUCAUCCCUUAGCAUCCCCACUCCAAUCAGUUCACUCACCGGCUGUUCAGCCUCCAGCCCAGUCAGCUCCCUCUCCUGCUGUCCAGUCACCUGCUCUCGUCCAGUCACCUGCUCUCGUCCAGUCACCUGCUCUCGUCCAGUCAGUAGUACAGCCUGCUCCACUCCAGUCAGUAGUACAGCCUGCUCCACUCCAGUCAGUAGUACAGCCUGCUCCACUCCAGUCAGUAGUACAGCCUGCUCCUGUAGCUCAGGCACCCGUAGCGCAGUCUGUCCAACCGCCUCUAGUCCAGUCUGUAGUCCAGUCCUCUCCUGUCCAGUCUGUAGUCCAGUCCUCUCCUGUCCAGUCUGUUGUCCAGUCCUCUCCUGUCCAGUCUGUUGUCCAGUCCUCUCCUGUAGUUCAGCCUCCGUCUGUCGUCCAGUCCUCUCCUGUAGUUCAGCCUCCUUCUGUCCUCCAGUCCUCUCCUGUAGUUCAGCCUCCUUCUGUCCUCCAGUCUCCUGUAGUUCAGUCUCCUUCUGUCCUCCAGUCCCCUGUAGUUAAGUCUCCUUCUGUCCUCCAGUCCCCCGUUCUCCAGUCGCCUCCUGUCCAGUCAGUCCAGUCGCCCCCCGUAGCUCAGUGCCCUGCUCCCCAGUUGCCUCCUGUCACCCAGUCACCUGUCCUCCAGCCUGUCCAGUCAGUUCAGUCUGUCGUCCAGCAUCCUGUUAUUCAGUCAUCCGUUCUCUCACCGUCUGUAGUCCACUCUCCUGUUCAGUUCCCAGACCUGCAGCCACAGCAUCCAGACGCCCCUGACACAGUCAGAUGA